CCCCCCCGCGGCUGCGGGGCUCCUUGCCUCCCUUCUUCCUCCCUCCUCCGCCCGCGGGAGUUGCGCGCCAGGCGGGGCGAGCGGGCGGGGGCUGACGUCGGAGGCGAGGGCGGAGCGGGGCGGCCGCCGGAGCGCGGCUCCCGCCGGGUUCGGACUGCUCGUAGGCAGCCUCGGGUGCUGCCGCCGCACAGACGGGCCGCCGGCCAGAGGAGCGCCGCCGCCGCCGCCGAUGGCCUCGCUGGCCCCCCGCCCGGAGCCGAGGAGCGGCGGCAAGAGGCUGCACGCCAGGAUGGAGGCUUCUUGCCUGGAGCUGGCCCUGGAGGGAGAGCGGUCCUGCAAAGCAGGGGACUUCCGAGCCGGAGUCGCCUUCUUCGAAGAGGCCGUGCACCUGGGGACCGAAGACCUGAAGACGCUGAGUGCCAUCUACAGCCAGCUGGGCAAUGCCUACUUCUACCUGAAGGAGUACGCCAAGGCGCUGGAGUACCACAAGCACGACCUCACGCUCGCCAGGACCAUCGGGGACCGCAUCGGGGAGGCCAAAGCCAGCGGCAACCUGGGCAACACGCUGAAGAUCCUCGGGCAGUUCGACGAAGCCGUUGUCUGUUGCCAGCGGCAUCUGGAUAUCUCGCAGGAGCAGGGAGACAAGGUGGGGGAGGCCAGGGCCCUCUACAACAUCGGCAACGUCUACCACGCCCGGGGGAAGCAGCUCUCCUGGAGCCUGCUGCAGGAGCCGGGCCACCUGCCCGAGGAGGUCCAGGAGGCGCUGGAGCGGGCCUCGGAGUUCUACGAGAAGAACCUCUCUCUCGUGAAGGAGCUGGGAGACAGAGCCGCUCAAGGCCGGGCCUACGGGAAUCUGGGCAACACCCACUAUCUGCUGGGAAACUUCAGCAAAGCCAUCGUCUUCCACAAGCAGCGUCUGGCCAUCGCCAAGGAGUUUGGAGACAAAGCCGCCGAGAGGAGAGCCUACAGCAACCUGGGCAACGCGCACGUCUUCCUGGGGAGGUUCGACAUCUCCGCGGAGUACUACAAGAAGACGCUGCAGCUCUCCAGACAACUGAAGGACCAAGCCGUGGAAGCUCAGUCUUGCUACAGCCUUGGCAACACAUAUACCCUCCUGCAAGACUACGAGAGAGCAGUGGACUACCACCUGAAGCACCUGGCCAUCGCCCAGGAACUUGGGGACAGAGUGGGGGAAGGAAGAGCCUGCUGGAGUUUAGAAAACGCCUACCUCUCCCUCGGGAGCCACCAAGAAGCCCUGCACUUUGCAGAGAGACACCUUGAAAUCUCCCAAGAGAUCGGAGACCCUGGUGGGGAGUUAACGGCACGGAUGAACGUUGCCCAGCUGAGGUCGCUCUUGGGACUGGCGCUGAGCAGAGGCGGUCUGGACCCGUCUGCUGCUUGUGCCGGCUACGAGGUGCAAGGGGCCCGGCCGAAGUGGAGCCAGAGGGCCAGCAUGAGCAGCUUCGACCUCCUGCGCUUCCCUUCCGAAAAGGAUCAGAAUGGAGAGAACCACCCGGUGGGAGAGCUGAAGAUCGCCAGAAAAGAUUUCUUGUCGCUGCCUGUCAGAGCCAAUAAAUGCAGGGACCACCAAGCUGUCUGGGAAGGGAGGCCUCUGGUGUCUGGCGAAUCCCCGUUGGAAACCACCGACGUCCAAGUCCAGGUGUCUCCGCUGAAACUCCAGCGGGCCCCUUCCGAGGAGGAGUGCUUCUUUGACCUCCUGAGCAAGUUCCAGAGCGCCCGGAUGGACGACCAGCGCUGCACCCUGGAGGACGGCCAGAAGGAGCCCGAGGAAGAAGCUACCGCCACGCCGGUGCCUGCCCUGGAGGAGAGGACAUCCCAGUCCUCCUCCAUGGCCUCCCCGCAGACGGAGGCCCUCUUUGACCUCAUCGCCAGCUCCCAGAGCCGUCGGCUGGAUGACCAGCGGGCCAGCGUGGGCAGCCUCCCCGGCCUGCGCAUCACCCACAACAACCGGGGCCACCUGCGCAUGGAGGGAGACGCCCAGCAGCCGGGCGACGAGUUCUUCAACAUGCUCAUGAAAUGCCAGUCCUCCCGCAUCGACGACCAGCGGUGCGCCCCCCCCAACGCCCUCCCCCCCCGCGGCCCCACCGUGCCCGACGAGGACUUCUUCAGCCUCAUCCAGCGUGUCCAAGCCAAGCGCAUGGAUGAGCAGCGGGUGGACCUGGCCUCUGCCCAGGAGAAGGAGGAGGAGGAGGAGGAGGAGGAGGAGCAGCAAGGAGAGGAAGGGCAGCCGGGGCGGCAGCAGAGCGCCGGUUCCAGCUAAGAAGACGCCGCCGCGCCAGAGGCUGGGGCAGGGAGGGGCGGGCCAAGCAGCCCCCGCCGAAGAAGAUCGCCUGCCCUGUGGGCCUUGGGGGAAGCCAGGGGCUGGGCCACCCCCCGUCCUGCCCUCCCGCUGGCUCUGCAGCGCUGAGACCGGCCAAGACCCGCCUUGGAAGCAGGAGGGAGAAGAGGCAAGCCGGAGGCGGCGGAGGAGAGCAGCCCCCUCAGGGCCCGACGGCUGGCCAAGGACGGCACCUCCAGGCUGCUGGGGGAGAGAGACCCAGGGGGGCAGGCUUCGCUCCGGCCCAGCCAGCCCCGCCUCGCGCCCCCCACCCCCACACAGGCCAGGGGCGGCAGAGGACCCAGGGCUCCCACCCACACGCCCUUCAGGUCCACAGUCUGUGCCAAGCGAACUCCAGGUUUGCAUUCUGGAUCACAAGGGCAAGCGGAGAUUGUGCUUUGCACACAUUUGCGUGGUGGUGGUGGUGGUGGUGGUGGUGGGGAGAAGAGAGCCUCUUGGGGGGCCAUGCCGCUGCCACCCCCCCUCCCCCAGGGGAAGUUCCCCCACUUUGGGGGAUCCUGAUCUCAAACUGCGGCUUGGCAGCACCCCCAGGCAACUCUUCCCUCUGGCUUUCUGGCCAUGUCCCGCCUGCCAGCAGUGCGCCCCCCCGUUCCAAGUGGAGCCGGGUUGGGGAGGGGCUUCCUGCCCCCUGUGGGGAGCCUGCAGCAGCCCCCCAAACAUGGCUUCCCUCUUCCUCUUUCUGCAGCAGGCGCUUGUCACUAUCUAUGCAACGGGCCCACUGGAGACUCCGCGCAGGGGGAGCGUCUGCCCUAGCCCGGCCUGGGGGCAGGAGACCCGCCGGGGCUCCCUUUUCCUCUCCCAAGAGCCACUGUGGCCACGGGAGGAGGCGGGCUGCCCCUCUGGGGCAAGGGGAGGCGGGUCCUGGCGCCUGGGGGGAACGGGGGCCCUGCCCUUGUCCGAGACUGGGGCGGGGUGUGUGUGUGCGUGUGUGCCGGCCCCCAGCCAUGGCUCCCCAGAGGGGGUUGGCCUGCGGCUCCCACCACCCGCAGCCACAGAGUGGCUUUCCGCCCCUGGGAGUUGUGGCCCCGACAAGUCGGAAGGAGGCCGGACCUUCUUCUGGCUCCUGGGUUGCUGCUGCUGCUGCCGCCACAAGCACAGAGCGCCCCCCGCCCAGCCCUCUUGGAUGAAGACGGAAACUCGGUGCCAGGAAAGCGGGAGGGGUGUGUGUGGUGGUGGUGGUGGGGUUGACAGCAAAGCAGGCUGCUAGUUCAACCAUCGCGCUGGAGGCCAACCGAGCCCAAGGCCUCCUCCCAACCGCCAAGGCACUGCCAAACACCGCCCCACCUUCUGAGGCAGAGCAGCUCAUCUGCACCCCAGAGCGCGACACGCCAGCCAAAGCAGGCCGGUCACCUGGCAGGAGAAGCCCAGCUCUCCUGCAGAGGCUGCGCAGCCCGCCCAAGGAGGAUUUCCCAGAGAAGCCCACCACCCACAGCCCCCACCCCGCCUUGUGCCUGAUGCAGGGACUUGCUGGUAUUUCCAGUGUGUGUGUUUGUGUGUGUGUGUGUGGGGGGGGGAAUCGCUCCCCUCCUUCCCAAAGGGCCGGCCGGAAGACUCUGGGAUCAGCCUCUCGCCCAGCCUGGGAGAGCAACUCCAGCUAAACCAACACAAAGGCACUUCAGGCUGGAUCUGCCCCAGCUGGCCGGGAACUGCUUGGCAGGAGGAGACCGUUGCCCAUAUACUUGAAUGUAUUUGCCUAUUUAUUUUUUUAAAAAAGAUGUGCAUUUGAUGUAAUUUGGGGAGGCGGGGACCCUUGAUCCCAAUGGUACUUUCCCCCUUUAACCCCCCCCCCCCACGGAGUUGCCAAAUGAUGAUUACUUCCUCCAUAAAUAGGGUGCUGGGGAGGGUCGUGUUUAAUAAACCGUUUGUGACUGAA